AUGGGCACCCGCGGGCGCCCCGCGCUGCUGGACACCACGCCCGCCAAGGUCAUCGUGGUGUACCGCAACGGGGACCCGUUCUACCCGGGCCGGAGGGUCGUGCUGCCGCGGCGCCGCGCCGCCACCUUCGAGGCGCUGCUGGAGCAGCUCACGGCGCAGGUGCCCGUCCCGUUCGGCGUGCGCCGCCUCUUCACGCCCACGCGGGGGCGCCCGGUGCUGGCGCUGGACGCGCUGCGGGCGGGCGGCGAGUACGUAGCGGCGGGCCGCGAGCGCUUCAAGGAGCUCGAUUAUAUUCAUAUAGUUCCCCGAAAGCCUGCAAAGAUAAGGAAGUUGAAGGAAAUCAAACCAGUGGUGCAUUGUGAUAUAAAUGUGCCUUCCAAGUGGCAAACAUAUCAUCGUAUAUCCCGACAUAUAAAUGUUUUUACAAAUGGAAGAUUAUUUAUUCCACCUGCAAAAAUUAUUAUACCCAAAUUUAGUCUGUCUGACUGGGAUAUCGUGCUGGACACGAUUGGAGAAAAAGUCUUCCCUCUAGGAGGUGUCCGGAAAUUAUUUACAAUGGAUGGGCAUCUUUUGGAUAACUCAAAUGAUUUGCAAGACAAUCACUUUUACGUUGCUGCGGGACUGGAGACCUUCAAGUAUUUUCCUUACUGGAAGUCUCCGAGGGUGCCCGGCGAGGUCCAACAAAGGUAUGCGAAUGUUGAAAAACACCUACAGAGAAAGAAAAAAGUGGAUUCCAAAGGCCAAGAACCUCGUGAAUAUGAUGGCAUACCCCCUAAAACCCAGGAUUCUGUUUAUCAUGCCAAGGAAGAAAAGAAGAAAACAUUGGUAGAACCUUUAGUCGAAAGGGGCGCAGAAGGUGACGUGUAUAAAGCACCAACUCCUAGCAAGGAAACGCAGGGAGCGCUAGAGGUCAAAGAGGACGGCCACGUGCAGCUGGAGGUGCCUGUGGACCAGAGACCAGCUGAGAUAGUUAAAGAAGAUGAAGAGACAUAUGAGAACACCACUGAUUUUGAGGGCAACAAGGAAAAUGAAGAUGCAAGGCUUCGUGAAGACUUUGAAAGAAAGAUGCGGCUUCAUCUCAAGUCCAGUGUCCUAAGCCAGCAGACACCUUCGUCCUCUUCUCCAUCACUUGCACCUUUAUUCUCUCAGCUGCCCAGGCCCUCGAGGCCUGAGUCUGAUAUUCGUGCCUCUUUUUACAGCACACCUGUUUCCAGCCAGCCAUUCUGCAGGUUUCUUCUUCCAGUGCGCCAUGUCCUCCCUUUCCCUUCUGAUGGCCUCAUACUGGCUGAUACAGGGCAGCCCCUGGCUUUGUGCUCCUCUGACUCCAUGCACCCUUGCAUGCAGGUGACUCUUCCGUAUGCUCAGCUGCUCACACAGUCAUUUGCUGCCUUGAACAGAAAGGCUCUGGUUUUUGGCAGCCGCAGCAGGGUAUCUCUCAAGAACCUCAGCAAGAGUGAAAAAGUGGUUCCAUUUUCUGAAAAGGAACCAUAUGACAUUCUAGAGGAAAAAAAUGCAGCUGUACUACCAGAAACCCCAGUAGAAAUAGAAGCCCAUAACGAACCACCAAUGGGACAAUCACAAGAAAAAUCAUCACCAAGACAAGAAGAACAAACACCUGAGGAACAAGAGUCCCCCGAGCAGCCAUACCUGGAACAGCCAUACCGAGAGCAGACACCUCAGACUCCAGAGUCCCCCACUCAGCCAUGCCUGGGACAGUCACACCAAGAUCAGACAUCUGAGAGGUCGGAUUCCUCCACACAGCCGUCCUUGGGACAGUCAUCCCAAGUGCAGACACCUGAGAUGCCAGAGUCCCCCACGCAGCCAUCAUUGGGACAGUCAUCCCGAGAGCAGACACCUGAGACUCUGGAGUCCCCCAUACAGCUGUUCUCAGGACAGUCAUCCUGA